AAGUAGUUAAUGCUUACAGGAAGCUACCGACUUGGGAAUUAGCACAAUCUAAUUAGAUGCGUGUACUCAGUUCCAUGGCAUUUAUGUCGGUUUGUGUGCAGCAGCAAUUAGAUACUCUGAUUUGUUUUUUAUUGCUCAUGAGACCAGCUCAAGAUGUUUUGGUUCCUGAACUGGAAAUUCUAUCCUGCAUUUGUGUAGCGCCCAAUUUUGGUAGGGAUUUGCAUUUGAGCAAUGUUUGUCUGUCCCCGAGUUUCAGCUACUAGGGGGCUGUUUGCCUUAUACCAAGACCAUUUAGGGCUUCUGGCAAACCUGAGGAGAAAAGAAAGUUUCUUUCUGUCAGUGAGAUAAAUUAUCCUGGUGAGGCAUGUUGGCAAAAAAAAGAAAAAGAAAUGUUACUGGGCUGGUGUUUGGUUUCACAUUUCUCCAACAAGCACUAACUUGCUGACGAAAUAAUGUAUGACAGGGCAGAGGUUGGAGGGAAACAGAGAAACAAACAAACAGGCACCAAAAAAAAAAAAGGAAGCACAUGUCCAACAUUUCCAUUCCCUCCCUUCAGAGUGAGAAAUAAUCAGAGGGGAAAAGAAUAGCUAAACAAAAUGAAGAGGCAGAGGGUUUGAAACCUCUUCCCUGCCAGCACGUGUGUGAGUAUGUGUGUGUGUAUAUAUAUAUUUGGGAGUCACUCUGGCAGCUGUAUUGCAUUACUUCCAAUACUUUGACAGGCAGCCUGGUUGCUCAGGCACAGAAGCUCUUUCGCAGCACUCUGUUCCUUUCCUCUGCAUUCGCUUGCAAGAAGAGCUCGCAGGGAGACUAGUCUUUGGCUAGAAGAGGAGUGGCAAUGCCUGACAGGCUCACUGGAGGAGUUUGCUUGUGUUUCCUCCCCAUUACUGUUCAUUAUCUGUACCGUCCGAGAGGAGGGGAAACCAUGCAGAAAGCCGAACAGGCUGAAUCGGAGUUGAAGCUCUGCACAGUUGCUCAGGACUGACAAGCAAGGCAAACUCUCUCUGUCUCUCUAUAAACUAAAGCUGCAAAAGCAAAUAUCACCGUGUGUUACUGAGACUUCCCUAAUAUCAAUUGCUUUGGGAAGAUGGCUCAGCAAACAACAAGCCCGGACACCUUGACUGUACCUGAAGUGAGUAAUCCGCAUUGUCAAAACCCGUGCCUCAACGAGGAUCUUGUGAAGACGCUGAGGGAGAACCUGUUGCAGCAUGAAAAGCUCAGGACGUCCCGGAAGUCUUCUUCCAUUUCUCCUAAGCUGUCGCCGGUCAUUUCUCCUAGAAAUUCCCCACGGCUUUUGCGCAGGAUGCUUUUGAGCAGCAACAUACCGAAACAGCGGCGCUUCACCGUGGCACAUACCUGUUUUGACGUGGACAAUGGCACCUCAUCGGGGCGGAGUCCCUUGGAUCCCAUGACAAGCCCGGGCUCAGGGCUGAUUCUCCAGGCUAACUUCGUUCACAGUCAACGUAGAGAAUCCUUUCUCUACCGGUCAGACAGCGAUUAUGACCUCUCUCCAAAGUCCAUGUCUCGGAACUCCUCCAUUGCCAGUGAUAUACAUGGAGAUGACUUGAUUGUGACACCAUUUGCUCAGGUGCUGGCCAGCUUACGUACUGUACGGAAUAAUUUUGCUGCAUUAACCAACCUACAAGAUCGAGCACCUAGCAAACGGUCACCCAUGUGUAACCAACCAUCCAUCAACAAAGCAACCAUAACAGAGGAGGCCUACCAAAAACUGGCCAGCGAGACCCUGGAGGAGCUGGACUGGUGCCUGGACCAGUUGGAAACCUUGCAGACCAGGCACUCCGUCAGCGAAAUGGCCUCGAACAAGUUUAAAAGAAUGCUCAAUCGGGAGCUAACCCACUUAUCUGAAAUGAGCCGAUCGGGCAAUCAGGUCUCUGAAUAUAUAUCCAACACAUUUUUGGACAAGCAGCAUGAAGUGGAAAUCCCAUCCCCAACACAGAAAGAGAAAGAAAAGAAGAAACGGCCUAUGUCUCAGAUCAGUGGAGUGAAAAAACUCACGCACAGUUCCAGUUUAACCAAUUCCAGCAUCCCCAAAUUUGGAGUUAAAACUGACCAAGAAGAUAUUCUAGCCAAGGAACUAGAAGAUGUAAACAAGUGGGGUCUUCAGGUGUUCAAAGUAUCUGAAUUAUCUGGAAACCGACCUUUGACAGUGAUCAUGUACACCAUUUUUCAGGAACGGGAGUUGUUAAAAACAUUCAAAAUUCAACCAGACAUGUUAAUAACAUACUUGAUGACACUGGAGGAUCAUUACCAUGCAGAUGUGGCAUAUCACAACAACAUACAUGCUGCAGAUGUUGUACAGUCCACACAUGUGCUGUUGUCGACACCAGCUUUGGAGGCUGUUUUCACAGACCUCGAGAUUCUGGCUGCCAUUUUUGCCAGCGCAAUACAUGAUGUCGAUCACCCUGGGGUUUCAAACCAGUUUCUUAUCAACACAAACUCUGAACUCGCCUUGAUGUACAAUGAUUCGUCGGUCCUGGAAAACCAUCAUUUAGCUGUGGGAUUCAAGUUGCUUCAGGAGGAGAACUGUGACAUUUUCCAGAAUUUGACAAAAAAGCAGAAGCAGUCUCUGAGGAAAAUGGUUAUUGACAUUGUGCUGGCGACAGAUAUGUCUAAACAUAUGAACCUGCUAGCUGAUCUGAAGACGAUGGUUGAAACAAAGAAAGUAACCAGCUCUGGAGUUCUGCUUCUUGAUAACUAUUCAGACAGAAUCCAGGUGCUACAAAAUAUGGUACACUGUGCAGAUCUGAGCAAUCCGACCAAGCCGCUCCAGCUAUAUCGCCAAUGGACAGAUAGAAUAAUGGAAGAAUUCUUUCGUCAGGGAGAUCGAGAGAGAGAAAGGGGCAUGGAGAUUAGCCCCAUGUGCGACAAGCACAACGCGUCAGUAGAAAAAUCACAGGUGGGAUUUAUAGAUUACAUUGUUCAUCCUCUCUGGGAGACCUGGGCAGACCUUGUACAUCCAGAUGCCCAGGACAUCUUAGACACCUUGGAGGACAAUCGUGAAUGGUACCAGAGCACAAUCCCUCAGAGUCCUUCUCCUGCCCCAGAUGACCAAGAGGAGGGCAGGCAGGGCCAAACAGACAAAUUCCAGUUUGAACUAACACUGGAGGAAGAUGGUGAAUCAGACACAGAAAAAGACAGUGGCAGUCAAGUUGAAGAAGAUACCAGCUGUAGUGACUCCAAAACACUUUGCACCCAAGACUCAGAAUCCACAGAAAUUCCACUGGAUGAACAAGUUGGGGAGGAAGUGGUAGAGGAGGAGGAGGAGGAAGAGGAGGAGGAAAAUCAGACAGAACCUUGUAUGCUAGAAGAACGUUCUCCUGAUACGUAACAGUGCAGCAGCUUUGUAGCUCUCUUUGUUGGUCCUCCUCUCUUCUCUUUUUUAAAAAUAGAAAAUGGUUUCCAAAGUGCAUGUCACAUGGCACAACCAUGGUCACGCCUCACUGUCAUCGGCCAGAGAUGUUUGUUGAUCAAAAACUGACCUUGAUUACUCAGUUUGGCACUCAGGAAUAUUGUAACCAGAAUUGUUCAUCUCCAUGGCAUCAGAACACAACGGAGAACACCUACAAAGAACAGUUUAAAUAAAAGAGUUCCACUUGGCAGAUGCAAUUAGAGCGAGUGUCUACUCCGAGCUGUUUUCAAGAAGAGUAAAGGCUGGCCCACAGCUAGUGUUUGGUUUUCUUUUUGUGUUUGCUUUUAAUUUCACGAGAGAGGCAAUUAGUAGCAAUCAUCAUCAGAAUUUAAAGAAAGUAGUCAGCGAGUGAAUCGAGGUUUCUAGUGGAAAAUAAAUGCACUCAAAUAAUGGGACACAACAUGAAUCUGUUAUUACCAGUAGGAAGAUAAAGCUGUGGAAAUGGCAUACUUUUCUAAAUUCAAGUCUUCCUGACACAUGACUGAAAAAAAAAAGUGUAGCUCAGUGGGUUGCACUGACGCCUGCAUUUUGUAUAAUAUGUAAAACGGAAAUCUUUUUUGUAGAGUUUACUUUUAUUAUUAAAUGUAUUGAGAUAUUAUAUUUAAAAAGAAUGCAGCACCCUCAGAGCGCCAUCUGCCACUGAUUCUUUUUUUCCCUCCCCAAAGAGUAACUUGCAAGUUUUCAGUACAAAUAUGUGCUACACUGGAUUAACCAAGUUUUAUAUUUGUUUGCACUUAGAUCUUUCGUAGCAAUUCUUUCACCUGUUCUAGAAUGACCCAUUGCCGUCUAGACCAAUGACAACAUCCAUCAACCGUUCAUUUUCAUUUUUCUCCCCACCCUCCAGUGCAAAUGUUAGAAGCUUCCUUUUACUUCCUUUUAAUGUUGGCAUUAUUUUCUGGCUUUUUAAAAUUGUAAUUUUCCAAGAGCAGCAAUACAAAAUCUGCAUUGAGUUCUUUCUCCACCAGAGGUGGCUGAGACCUGCAGGACCCUGCCUUUACUGCUUUGGGCUUUCUCUGCUCAACCAAAAAUGAGCUUUCUGAAAUCUAGCCGACCACUACGACAGCAUCUUCCCCAAAUUUGGGUUGCAUUCCCUGGGAGGGUAGGUGGGUGGAGCCCUAGGGUUUCAGCACUCGGUUCCUUACAUUAGAUGCAAUAGAGCCCACAUUCUGGAAGGUGAGGACAGGAACAGGAGUAGAUGGGAUCUUGUAACAGCUUCCAAAGACUAAACUUGGUUCACAAUUCUUCAUCAUGAAAAGUUGGGGAACUCUAUCCAUUAGGAUCAGGAUUUGCAAAACUGUGGCCAGUAUGAGUGUGAGUGUGUCUUGGUGUAAAUGCAAAUCUAUCACUAGUGAAGUUGUUCCUAUUCCCAUGAGGCCAUAUUUAGUUGUGCACGAGACAUCAUGAAUGGUCAGUUUCAAGGACUUGUUUUGCUAGCAAUUAAAUUCGAACGUGGGUUUUUUAAAGUUCUGUGACAACAUUUCAUUGCAGACUGCACUUAUAGUUAGGACAGGUAUGUGUGGGGUUACUGAUUUGUCUGUCUCAGACUGACUCCCAGCAGUCCCAGACCCUCUUUUUGCUCCCUUACGUGUGUUUUGGCCCGCAGACGUUAUAUUUAAAAAAUCAGUUAAGAUCUUUUAAAGUCCAGCUUCAUAGCUCUUGAUCAUGAUUUUCUGAGUAUCUUUAUUUUUUUUUGUAUUUUACUAAUAUCAACCAUAGUGCUAUGAGAAGGAUCCAGCCAAUGAAUUUGGGAAAAGAAAAAAAUGGAGUAAUUAUGGUUAUGUGUCCAGGAGCAGAUGUACAGGGGGGACAGGGAGAGAAGCCCAUUGCCCAACAUAACUGACAGAUCCAGAGAAAUGUACACCAAAUAAGGCAUAAGCCCCAGUCCAUCACAAAAUUAGCUGCAGAUACCGCCACUAAUGUCAUUAGGUUAGAGUUGUCUUAACUCUGCGUUGGGUUGUUGCUUUAUUGUGCAACUACUGCUAUAGGUGGAGCUGAAAACUGGUACAAGACUACAAUGCAGGUGCAUCUCUGUGUUGAGGGACAUGGGGUAUCCUCAACCAACCGUACCAUAGUUGCAAUGUGCAGCUUGCACUGCCACGCACAUGGCUGUGCGUCAUAAAUCCCAUUGGAUCUGCAGCUCAGUGUGGAACAUUUGUUUGUCCACGUAUACAAACAUAGAUCAGUGACCUACAUACAUAUGGAACAGCUCUUCUGCACAUACAAGUGCUGAUAGUGCAAACGAGCACUAUUCCAUUGGGUUUAAAUAGUGAGACCAAAUGAAUGUUUUGACACAACGGAACAGAAAUAGAAUUUAAUUUUGCUGAAUCGGGAAAAAUUCCCGCCUUGAUAAGUGAUCGGCUUUUUAAUUAAAGAAACUGAUCAUUUCAGAUGUUUUGAUUUUUUUAACAUGCAUUUUAAUGUGUCCACUGUACCUUUUAAUGACUUUUGUGGUGGAAGAGUAGCUGAAGAUGUGAAUGAAAAUUUCACUGUGUCACCAUCCACAUAGACUCAUGUCCUCCCUUUGCUAUUUUAACAUUGUUCAGUCCCCAAGAGUGCCUGGAAUCUUAAUGAAAAAAGCAAUAUCAAUUCCAAAAAAAAAAAAUCAAUAUGGACCUGGAAGGGUAUUUUAUCUGCACUAAAGUCUUAAUCCUAUGAGCUGGGGAGCAUUUUUGCUUGAGCCAGCAAGAAGAUAUGGAGCUCUGGCCCCACGCACUAAGUUUAAGCAUGGGGAUCUCCUUGCUCUAAUGGGAUUUUUCAUAUGCUUAAAUUUUAAAGACUGGUGGAUCUGAUUAAAUGUGCUUACCACCUCAUAAGGUUAAACUUUCAUAACAAAAAUGGACAUGUUAAAAAAAUAUAACCAUACUGUAUAAAAUAUACCCAUACACAUGGACAAUCAAGUAGUAGAAAACACAAUAAGUUUUAGAGCCAGGGAUUGAAUGCACUGUACAAUCUUUCAUUUUUGUUUUGCCAAAGUGUGCUUUAGCAUUGCGCACUGCUUUACAAUAAUACUGUCGAAAAGUGACUUUACGUGUUUUCUGUAUUUUUUUUUUUUUUUGGUCAUAAGAAAAAAUGCAGUGGAUUGAGUACUGUAUUGGGGUGGGGGAAUAACAGCAAAUGGAACCUGAGUUUGCGUCUAACACUACACUUCAGUAGGAUGUUGUGGGUUUUCCAGGUUGUAUGUCUGUGUUCCAGCACUGUUUUCUCCUGACGUUUCUCUUGUAUCUGUGGCUGGCAUCUUCAGAGGA